AUGUGCGACUUUUCCGAAUACGGUGGCAAGUCUGAAGAAUGGCUAGCAGUAGAAGCAAGCCUACCACCGCCUCCAACAUUCGCCGAUAUUUAUGAGAGACAACGGGCAAUCAACCGAGGCAGAGAGGAAACUUCGGCUAGAGCCAUGCAACAGCUGGCCCCAUCUAUUCAUACCAAGGACCACAACAUUAUUGCCAGAGACGGAGCUACACUAGAAGCGCGAAGCUAUAGGCCAGUGUCUGUCGAGAAAGAUACUCGUCUUCCCAUUUACAUUCAUCUUCACGGAGGAGGCUACUUGUUCGGUACUCUCGCUUCGGAAGAUGCUAUAUCCACACGCAUUGCACUAGGUGCGGGAGUAACGGUUGUCAACGUCAACUACCGCCACACACCUGACGCUACCUUUCCUACAGCGUGGAACGACGUUGAAGAUGCCUUCUACUGGGUACACGAUCAUAUUGAUGAGCUUCAAGGCAACUCUGAUCAAGUCCUGGUCGGCGGUAUCUCGGCCGGUGCUCAACUUGCGGCUGCUUUGGUUUUGAGACAGAACAUUGCCUCGCCUGAUAUCCUCUCGAAGCCGAAGAUUGCCGGGCAGAUCUUGAUGAUCCCCGCUUUGGUUCGCUCAGAGUCAUACCAGCCACAGUUAGAUCAGCUGUUGGAUCCGAAGUUAUCCUCUCAUAUUGAGAAUGAACAUGCGCCUAUCCUUCCGCAGAAGGUCAUUCACUUCUUUACUAAGUUACUGGACCUUCCGCUCCAUGAUCCUCAAAACGAAGAUCUCCGGCUGAACACUGGCAAUGCAUCAACAACGCAAGUAAAAGGCUUGCCACCAACAGUGCUUGGUAUAGCCGGACAAGAUCCUUUGAGAGAUGAAGGACUACUCUAUGGGAAGAAACUGGCAGAAGCAGGCGUUCCCACAGAUAUUCAUGUUUUCAAAGGCUUACCUCAUGGGUUUCGCCGCUAUGGUGAACAAUUGACCGAGUCGAAGCGGUGGGACAAAGUCAUGGAAGACGGAAUUAGAUGGGCUCUCUCGAAUCCCAAGCCUUCUGGGAAGUUUGAAGUUAAAACUACUUAG